AUGGCUUGUUCCAAGGAGGAGAGUAAGAAAGUCCGGCCCCUGCCCGUGGUCCAGGAGGGGGAGCGAGUGUUGACCUUCCACGGGCCCAUGUUGCGGGAGGCCGAGUGUAUCCGGGCGGUGGUGGAAGACAGGCAGGUCAAGUACCUGGUGCGGUACCAGGCGGAGAGCGGGCCCAGCGGAGAGGCGGCGGUGGGCGCCCGGGUCCACCCCUCCGACUGCGGCGGCGGCGGCGCCUUGCCCAGCACCAGCUCGGCCGGUGCCGGUGCCGGUGCCAGUGCCACCGAGGGCCUGAGCGAGGAGCUCAGACCCAUAGCGUGCUGGCACUACGAGUGGAUCCCGGAGAGCCGCGUGCUCCGCUACUGCCACACCCUGGGGAAGGAGCCGGAGGGCAGCAGUUGCAGCAGCACCAGCAGCAGCAGUGACGUGGGCCAGCACGAGGCCUCCGCCACUGCCUCCUCGGCCACCACCUGGGGGGCCUGGGGGCCUGCGAGCCAGGCCUCCGAGUGGGAAGAGGGCUGGGGCUCCGGGGCCACCGGGGGAGGAGAGGGCGGCCGCGGGAGGGAUGACGACGUGGCGCCCCCGCCCCCGCCAUCGUCCUCGCACAGGCGCCCGCUGGUCGUGGGGGCCCCCGAAAGGAGGGUGCCCAAAAAGAGGGAGGUCAAGGUGCCCCUGCCCGAUGCCCUGAAGCCCCUGCUCGUUCGCGACUGGGAGCUGGUGACCCAAGACAAGAAGCUCUUCACGCUGCCCGCCCACAAGCCCGUAGACGCCAUCUUGGCCGAGUUCAGCGUCUUCCAGCAGCAUUGCGGGGUGGCGUCCAAGGAGUACGCCACCCAAGAGCUGGUGGCGGGCAUCAGGGAGUACUUCAACGUGCUGCUGGGGAGCCAGCUGCUCUACAAGUUCGAGAGGCCCCAGUACACGGAGAUCCUGGGCCGCUACCCGGGCUGCCCCAUGUCCCAGAUCUACGGGGGCGCCCACCUGCUGCGCCUCUUCGUGCAGCUCGGCUCGGCGCUCACCUACUCGGGCCUGGACGAGCACAGCCUCGACGUGCUCCUGAGCCACCUGCAGGAUUUCCUCGAGUACCUGGCCGCCAAGCCCGCCCUGCUCUUCACUCCGGCCGACUACCAGCUGGCCUCGGCCGAGUACCAGCUC